CGCGAGCCCGCCGGCACGCAGGCGCGCGCCCGUCGGUUGAGCAGGAGCCGUGGCGGCGCCGCAGGUUCUUGUUCCUUCCUGGAGGAAGUGUCAGAAAGGAAUGACGCCUGACUAGUGAAGUGUGGACACAGGUGUGAGUUCAGCGAACCAAGCAAGCUUCUGCCUUGAGGAUCUUGGAGAAUCACCCAGCACCGAGUUCACGUGUCUCUCUCCACGGUAGCGCUGGCCAGGGAGGCCUCUCCGACGUGAAUGUUAGCAGAAGCAAGUGUCAAACAUGCUCCGUGUGAAAAGACCUUUGAGGUGCUUUGCUCAGGAGUGCAAACUCGGAAAACUCCUUAGCAAGAAAUAGGACCCCCGGGAAACUGAGCGUACCCCCCACCCCAGUGCACAUGCCCAGGCCCACCUUGCCUCUGAAGCCGCUGCAGGAUGGAUGAGUCGGAUGAGGAUUUCAAGGAACUCUGUGCCAGCUUUUUCCAAAGGGUGAAAAAGACCACCAAGGACUCGGUUGGGGAGAGGAAAGCACAGAGGGGUGCGGACAGCAGCGAGCCGAGGAGCAAGGUGCUGAGGGCCAGGCGGGCUGCGAGUAAGGCGCUCCCCGGCAGCCAGGCGGCCCGGAGGAGAAGGCCAAAGGCGGCCCUGGAGAGUGAACCGGGUCCACCCAAAAGUGGGGACAGCGGCGCAAGCGCUUCUGCCAUGCCUCCGGAAUGCAGGAACACCCCAGCAGAGAGUGCUCCCAGCUGCGACGCCCAGCAUCCUCCUUGUCCAAGCGAGCCGUUGCCAAGUUCCCCCAAGCCCCGCGCAGCCGAGCUGGCCGUACGGCGCAUGCAGCAGUUCAAGAGAGCGCACCCCAAGCGCCUGAGACAUGCCUCCAGCGGGGGCUCGCAGGAGGCCACCCCCGAAGACGACAUCCCGGAGCGGCCUGGAGAGGAGCCCACAGCAGCGCCCGACACCGGGCUCCCUGCCGCGGGCGGCGACACUGCGGUGGCCCGGGCCCUGCAGCAGGAGCUGGGGCAGGAGCAGGUGGCCCCCUGCGGCGGCAGCCCGGAGGACAGCGGGCUGUUCUGCUGCCAGAUCUGCCAGAAGAACCUGACUGCCAUGAGCGUGGCGCGCAGGGAGCAGCACGUGAACAGGUGCCUGGACGAGGCUGAGAAGGCUGUGAAGUCUCCGGCGCCUCCCGUCCCCGAGUGUCCCAUCUGUGGCAAGCCCUGCCUCACGCCCAAGAGCCGGCUCAGCCACCUGAAGCAGUGCGCGGUGAAGAUGGAGGUGGGCCCGCGGCUCCUGCUCCAGGCUGUGCGGCGGCAGGCAGCGCCGCCCGAGGGCACCGACGCCCCAGGGACCCCGGUCUGCAGCAGUCACGAGGGAGGUGUGAAGCAGAAGGGAGCCCCCAGCAAGGAGCCGCGCAAGAGACGGAAGGUCGGACACGAGCCCCCCUCCGAGGACCUGCUGGUGGCUCUGGCGCUGUCGCGCUCCGAGAUGGAACAGGAGGCCGUGCCCGCUGUGUUCAGACUGGGAAGCGCUGCCGCGGGGACCGGGCCGGGAGCGGAGAAGAGGGGUCGCAAGAAGAAAGACCCCGUGUCCCCACCCCGGCUGCUGGUUCAGGACCCGGAGACCACAGGCCGGCAGCUCGAGGACCGCGUGGGCCAGCUCCUGGCGGAGGAGGUGGAGGUGGCCAGCACGCCCCCGCUGCCCGCCAGCAGGAUUCGGGAGGAGCUGGGCACUGCCAGCUGGUGUCUGCGGCCGCCUGUGGGGAAGCCUAACUUCCUGUGGGAGGGUAGCACGCUGGCCCAGGGCUGGCCCCCAGACGCCUACUACUCGGCCCGUCUCUGCCCGUCCCUGAGGCCCCAGCAGCCUGCCCAGGCUGCCACGCGGAAGCUCACGUCUUCGUGGCCCCCAAGCUCCCACCCUGCAGAGACCCCGUCCCCGUCAGCCAGCCAGAGGGAGCAACAGGCCCUGCAGGACCUUGUGGAACUGGCAAGAGAGGGGCUGGGCGGCAGCCAGGGGCCCUGCAGCGGGGGCCCUGCCAGCUCCGGAGGGGCCACAGGGGAGCACUGGGCGUCGGGCUGCCUCCCGCCCACGGGGUUUGUCCUGCCAUCUGCAGAGCCCCUGGACCAGGAUGGCCGAGCCGCGGAUGCGCUGGGCCGGCUGCUGGCCGACUUCAGCGCCAUGGUCAACAACCCCCACCUGAGUGACGUGCAGUUCCAGAUGGACAACGGGGAUGUGCUCUACGCCCACCAGUUUGUGCUCUAUGCCCGCUGCCCGCUUCUCAUGCAGUAUGUAAAGAGUGAGGGCUUCCUGGCCGUGGAGGACGGUGAUCUGAGAGUCCAGCGUGUGCUGCUGAGCGACGUCAGCACGGAGGCCACCCGGGCCUUCCUGCACUACCUCUAUGCUGCUGAUGCCAGCCCAGCCCCCAAGCUGGCCGCUGACCUGAGCUCCCUGGCGCACAGGUUCGGCGUGCGGGAGCUGCUGCGCCUGUGCCCGCGAGCCCCCGCUGGGGCCGACGCUGUGGGCGGGCAGCAGGAAGAGCAGGAGGGCGGUGCCCGGCAGGCCGAGAGCUUCCAGGAGCUGCUGCGGUCCAUGUGGGCCGGGGAGGAGGAAGACGCCGAGGACGCGGCAGAGCCCGAGACGCGGGAGGAAGACAGAGAAAACGUGGAUGACGCCGACAUGGACGAGAUUUAUGAAUUCGCAGCUACGCAGCGGAAGCUGCUCCGGGAGGAAGCUGCCGUGGAAGCUGCGCGGGAGCCGCUGAGGGAGCACAGUCCGCUGAGGGAGCACAGUCUGGACCGGGUCCUGCGCCCGGAGCCCACGGAGUCUCCCGAGAGAGCAGGGGGCGAGGCCCCAACGGAAGAACUCAGUCCCCGCAGCCUCACGAGCCCUGUGGGGGGCUCCCGGGCCACUGCCGGCGAGCAGCCCUUCUCAGCACCAGGAGACCCCCGACCACCUGAGGCAGAGCUCAGCAGAGCCCGGGACGGGGCGCCCUCCCAGCAGGCACCCCCAGGGUCCCCCUGCCUCCUGCCACAGCCCCCGCCCCUCGGUGAUUCAUCCCCUCUGGCGCCCUCAUCACAGGGGGGCGCUUCCGUGACACCCACCCAGAACUCACCGCCCCAGCAGGAGAGGCACAGAGGGGACCUCACGCUACCUGAAGGGCCAGCGCGUGAGAACGGCUGGGGAUGCCCCAUCUCCCCGGAACAGUCUCUCUCCAUUGACCUGACGCAGGCGAAGGCCAGCCCCCGUUCUCCAUCUGAAGUCAUCCUCCUGCUGGACUCCGAUGAAGAGCUGGAGCUAGAGCAAACCAAACUCAGGUCAGGAGGAAGGAGACUUCUAGAGUCCAGCCCCAAGUCCUGCGAGCUAUUCUCCAUCAUCGACGUGGAUGCUGACCCAGAAGGCGCCCAGAGCUCCCCUGCGGGAGAGACGGCGCCCCCGCAGGAGGACCCGUGGGGGGACAGAGGUACCCCGCCGCUCUUCUGCGACCCUGAGAGCAGCCCCGAGACUGACCGGGAGUCCUCGUGGCUGGUGCCCGCCACCCCACUGGCCAGCGCCAGCUGUGAUCACUCCUCCCAGACCCAGAUCUCGGGCCUCGGGUCCAGGACGUUGGGGAAGCCAGUGGCCCAGCCCAGGACUCCGGUACAAGAGGGGGACAGGCCCAAGGCCACGGAGAAGUCGCCGGUGAUGGUGCUCCAGGCACGGUCGCCAGCACGUCCUUGCCCGGUCACCCCGGGAAGCCCUGAGAGCAGACGGCAGGUCCCCAGAAGUACAGGCCGACACCUCGCCCACUGCUCCCCCGCGUCUCCCCAUCGAGACUCACGGGCCCGCCCCAACUUGCCCCCACACUUCCACUCCCCCAAAUGCAGCCCCCCAGGGGUGGCCAGUGAAGUGGUGGAAGUUGAGGACAGUGAGGAGGAGGAGGGAGGCUCCGCCCACCGGGCCCGCAGCAGCCCCCUGCUGGACGGGGACCCCCCCCUGCCCCCUGACUGCAGCUGGAACGCAGAGCCCCUCUCGCCCAUCCCCAUCGACCAUCUGAACCUGGCGCGCGCAGGACCCCUGAGUGCCAGCAGCCCCGACGGCAGGGCCAGGGCGGCCCCGGACAGUGCGGCGGGCCGCUCCCCGGCUCGGCUCAGCACCACCCCCAUCAGGGGCAGCUGCCCGGGCCCGAGGGGCUCCCCAGGGAGCGGCAGGCUGAGCUUCCUGAACUCCUCUCUGUGGGACGACUGGGACGGCGAAGAGCAGAAGUCUGCGGAGCUUCCGGUGCUGGCCGGGACCCCAACUCAGACCCCUGGCACUGACAGGGCCCAGAGGUCCGGAGGAUUCCAGACGCCAAAAGGUGCUAACCGGAAGAACUUGCCCCCGAAAGUCCCCAUAACCCCCAUGCCGAGAUAUUCCAUCAUGGAGACCCCGGUGCUGAAGAAGGAGCUGGACAGGUUUGGGGUCCGCCCUCUGCCCAAGCGCCAGAUGGUUCUGAAGCUGAAGGAGAUCUUCCAGUACACCCACCAGACGCUGGAGUCGGACUCGGACACCAGCGGCCAGCUGGCACAGUCGCCCCCGAAGGCACCAGAGGCCACCGUGGGGCCCAAGGGCCCCCAAAGUCUAAGAAGGCAGCAGCCGGCGGAAGACACUGUCCCUCCGAGUACCUUCCCAGACCCUGAUGGUGACACCGAGCUCCCUGCCUCACAGGAGUCCGCGGCCACGGGCAGCAGUGACACCUCCUUCAGCUCACACAGUUCCUCCGGGGAGUUCGGCACAGCCUUUGAGUCCGCGGGAGAAGAGGAGGAGGGCGAGGACAGUGUCAGCGCGUCGCAGGCGGCUGUGCGGGCGGCGGCCACAGAGGCGGCCGUGAGCCACUUCAUCCGCUCCCGGCCCGCCCUCUACCGCAAGGUGCUGCAGUACCAGCCCCUGGAGCUGGCAGAGCUGCAGGCCCAGCUCAAGCAGCAUGGCAUCCGGGUGGCCGCGGGGAAGCUGCUGGACUUCCUGGACGCCCACUGCAUCACCUUCACCACGGCUGCGGCCCGCAAGGAGAAGACCAGGCGGAAGGGGCGACGGCCCGGGAGCAAGAGCAGGGGGCGCAGGGCCAAGGGGCCCCCUGCCCCGUCGGCACCCCUGGCCGCCGGCAGCCCGUGAAGCCCCGCCCCGCCCCCUCCCAGUCGUGUCUCAGGCAUCUGAGUGUCUGUCCUGGGAUGGACAGUCCGGCCACCCACGGCUCAGAGGCCCAGAGGUGCAUGUGGGGGGCAGGUCUCCGUCUUGGUGUGUCCUUGUCCCGUAUCGUGCAAUAAAAAGCUUCCAGCUG